GCAAGCCCAACGUGUGCAGCCAUACCUGUGACACAUGCACGGAGGGCUACUACCUGCUGCAGAAGAGGAACUAUUUUGGCUGUCAAGGCUGCCAGUGUGAUGUGGGUGGGGCCAUCAGCAGAGGCUGUGACGAGAUGUCUGGACAGUGCCAGUGUCGGAAGAACAUAGUGGGCCGCACCUGCAAUGAGCCAGCACCUAACUACUACUUCCCCAGCCUGCACCACCUGAGGUAUGAGGUGGAGGAUGGCAUCACCCCUAACGCCAGGCCUGUACGCUUUGGCUACGACCCCAAGGAGUUCCCGGAAUUCAGUUGGAGAGGAUACGCCAUCAUGUCCCCAGCACAGCCAGAGGUGAUCCUAUCGCUAGCUGUGGGUUUCCCCGGCCCCUUCCACAUAGUGUUUCGCUACAUCACCACUACCCCCCUCAGGCCCACACAGGGUUGGUGGCACAGGGGGCGAGUCCGAGCCAGGAUCUUGGUGGUGGACGAGUCUGGUUUUCACUCUUGCUGUGACUGGUCAGGUCAGAGUAAGGAAGUGGUGUUUCCUCCAAGCUCCUCCCCUGCCUACCUCACAGUCCCUGGCGAUGGCUUCACUGAGCUCUUCUCUCUGACCCCUGGGAAAUGGAUCAUACGCAUCCGGGCAGAGGGCCUUCUACUGGACUACUUGGUGCUGCUGCCAAGUGAUUACUACGAGGCUCCCGUCCUCCAGGAGAAGAUCACUCAGCCCUGCACGUACACAUCCACCGCCAACAGAGACGCAAACUGUCUGUUGUAUAAGCAUGUGGCGAUGGACAGGUUGAGCUCUGUGCUGGGCUCUCAGGGCCUGUUCUCCAGCCGGAGGAGACGCAGGAGCAGACAGGCUCGUGUCCACCGGCCCACCCCAGACCACCCUGACAUGGCCUCUCUCACCGGGAGACAGGCCCAGUUACAGCUGAACCUGCGUGUGUCUCGCCCCGGUCCCUACAUCCUGGUCCUGGAGUAUGCCAGCGAGGUGGACAUGGUCCAGAAUAUCAACCUCAUCAUCACUGGCCAAUCAGAGAGCCAGAUCCAGGCCAGAGCCAACAUCUACAGCUGCCAAUUCAGCUUCCUGUGUCGGAGUGUGGCAGUAGAUGGAAUAAAUCGCAUGGCAGUGUUCCAGCUUACCCAUAAGGCCGAGCUCCUUCUCCAGACCUCCACAGCCUCACUGCUGCUGUAUAAAGUGUAUGCAGUGCCUGCAGAGGAGUUCUCCAUGGAGUAUGUGAACCCCAAGGUGCUUUGUGUAUCUAUCCAUGGACGCUUCACUGAGGACAGUCAGUACUGUGUUCCCAGCCAGUAUGACAGGCCCUCCUCAGCUCUGGUUCUGGACGCAGCUCGUGAUGGGCGCCUCUCCUCCCACCGGGUCGUCCCCCAGCAGAGGGAGAUUGAGGAGUGGAGACAGAGACGACAGUCAGGGGCAGGGGGAUUCCCUCUCCCUGGAGUUCAGAGUGAAGGGGUACUACUAAAAUCUCCCCAGACUGAGAUCAGUUUCAGUGCCAGAGUGGAAGCUCCUGGCAGGUAUGUGUUUGUGGUUCACUACUGCCAACCUGAACACACCACCUUCCCUGUAGAGGUGCGGGUGGAGGCUGGACGCACCUGGACUGGCUUUGUAAACGCCUCCUUCUGCCCUGGUGUCUCUUGCUGCAGGAAGGUGGUCAUCGCUGAGAGGCGCAUUGCUCUGGACCUUCCCCAGCAAGACGUUGCCAUCUCUCUCAAGGUUCCACCCGGGAAGACUCUCACUCUGGAUUAUAUCUUGGUGGUUCCUGAUGAUAGCUACACCCCUGAUUUACUGAAAGAGAAGCCACUGGAUAAGUCAUCUGAUUUCGCCAGACAGUGUGAAGGUCAAGGCUUUUAUAUAGACCCCAGAACCUCCUCCCACUUCUGCCAAGUCUCGACUCGCUCCCUGGUAGCAGCCUACAGUGAUGGGGCCCUGCCUUGCUACUGUGAUAAGUCAGGAGCCACGGGGCCCACCUGUAACCCUGUAGGGGGCCAGUGUCCUUGUCGGCCCCAUGUCAUCGGUCGACAGUGUACACGAUGCGCCACAGGAUACUACGGCUUCCCUUACUGCAAACCCUGUGAGUGUGGCCAGCAGCUGUGCCACGAGGUGACAGGUCAGUGUAUCUGCCCGCCCCAGACAGUGAAGCCAACCUGUGAUGUGUGUGAGAGCCAGACGUUCAGCUACCACCCUCUAGUGGGCUGUGAGGGCUGUGACUGCUCCCCCAGCGGAGUCAGGCCCAACGCAGGGAGAGACUGUGACCGCGACACCGGACAGUGCAUAUGUAAGCCCAGGAUCGGGGGGCGCCAGUGUGACCGGUGCGCUGCAGGUUUCUACAGGUUCCCUGAGUGUCUCCCAUGUAGCUGUAACCAGGGAGGGGUCACAACAGACGUCUGCCACCCUGACACAGGACAGUGCCUCUGCAAGAGAAACGUCCAGGGAGCCCGCUGUGAUGCCUGUAGAGACGGGUCCUUCCACUUUGACCCCUCCCACCCCAGGGGCUGCAUGAGCUGCUUCUGCUUUGGAGCCAACAGCCAGUGUCAGAGCACCCACAAACACAGGGGGAAGUUUGUGGACAUGCGUGGCUGGCGUCUGGAGAGGGCUGACCAGGAGGAGGUGGCAUCAGUCCUCAACCCAUCCAGUAACACAGUGGUAGCAGACAUACAGGAGCUGCCUGGCACUACUCAGCUCCUCCACUGGGUGGCGCCUCCAUCCUACCUGGGAGACAGGGUGUCUUCCUAUGGGGGCUACCUGACCUACCAGGCCAAGUCAUUUGGGAUUCCUAGUGAGGGGAUGUCUUUGCUGGACCGCAGACCUGAUGUCUUGCUCAGUGGCAAGGAGAUGGCCCUGGUCCACAUGGCCCCAAAGACCCCCGAACCAGACAGACUCCACCAGGGCAGAGUCCAGCUAGUGGAGGGGAACUGGCGUCACGCCGACACCAACCGGCCUGUGUCCAGGGAGGAUCUGAUGGUGGUCCUGGCUGGGCUGGUGGCUAUGAGGGUGCAGGCUCUUUACUUCACCCAGAGCCAGAGACUCAGUCUGGGGGAGGUAGGCCUGGAGGAGGCUACAGACACGGGGGCCGGGGGCCCUGCCAGCACCGUGGAGCAGUGUGCCUGUUCCCCUCUCUACAGAGGAGACUCCUGCCAGAAAUGUGCCACUGGUUACUAUAGAGACGGCAGUGGGCCCUACCUGGGUCGCUGUGUGCCCUGCUCCUGUAACGGCCUGGCCAACGAGUGUGACGAGAGGACUGGGAGGUGCCUGAACUGCCAAUACARCACGGCUGGAGACAGAUGUGAGCGCUGCAAAGAGGGUUACUAUGGAGAUGCUGCCCAGAGGUCAUGCCGGGUGUGCCCGUGCCCCUUCAGUGUGCCGGCUAACAGUUUUGCAGUGGGUUGCAGAGAGGCUGCUGGAGGGUUCCAGUGUGUUUGUAAACAAGGCUACGCAGGAGACCGGUGUGAACGAUGUGCCCCUGGUUACUACGGUGAUCCAUCGACAGCUGGAGGAAGCUGCAGGCCUUGUGACUGUAACGGCAAUGGAAAUAACUGUGACCCCAGGACUGGGGUGUGCAGGAACACUUUGGAGCCAGGGGACACUAACACUGAUGAGCAGUGCCAAGAGUGUGAUAACUGCGCCAAGACCUUAAUAAAUGACCUGCAGCGUUUGGAUGAGGAGCUGGGCAGGAUUAAGACUCAGCUGGAUAGCGCCAGUAUCUCCGCCUCCUCUCAGGACAGGCUCAGGAAGCUGGAAAAUGCCAUCACAGAGACCAAGUCUCUGGUGAACAAGUUCAGUUCCAGUGUGAACAGUCAGAAGCCCAAGGUUAGCCAACUAGAGCAGGACACUCUCAGUGUCAACGAGGAUAUCAACGCUCUCAAAGGCAAGGCAGAUGCCAGGGCUGUGGAUGCCCAGAGAGUCCUGGAGGAUGUGGGUAAGACUCAUCUGAGAGCUAAAGACCUGGAUACUGAAGCUAAGAAUCUGCUCAAGAAGAUCCUGGCCCUGCUACAGCAGCUGAACGAGUCUGGUUCCAGUGGUGGUGUGGUGCCCAGUGAGAACCUGGCUAAGAUGUUAUCUGAGGCGGAAAGCAUGGUGAAGGAGAUGGAGAAGAGGAACUUCAACCCACAAAAAGACACAGCUGAGAAAGAGAGUGAUGAGGCACAGAAACUGCUGGACUACAUCAAGGCCAAUGUGACGAAGCAGUAUGAUCAGAAUGAGGCAGCAGCCAAGAGGGUGAAGGGUCUGCUGAAGGACUAUGCAGCUAAAUUGAAGGACCUGGAGGAGGCGCUGAAACAGGCUGGGGACAUGGUGAAGAAAGCCAACUCUCAGAAUGGACUCAACACUGAGGCACUGGAAGACAUCCUGAAACAUAUGGAAGAUCUGAGGAAAGAGCAUAAGAAGGUCCAGGACCAGAUAGCCAUGGCAGAAGAUCAGUUGAAGGAUACAAAGGACCUCCUUAGAAUGUUGGAUGACAGGAAGACAGAGUAUGAACAGCUAGCUGCCCAACUGGACGGGGCCAGGACUGACCUCACCAAGAAAGGCAACGCUAUGUCCCAGGCCGCGGCCAAAGAGGACAUUGUGGAGCGAGCAGAGAAACAUGCUGAGAACCUGGCCAAGCUGGCCAAGGAACUACAGGAUGCUGUGAGGGACUCGAGUGGCCGCUCUGAUGUGCGUGAUGCCAUGGACGCCAUUAAGGCCUACAAGAACAUCACAGAUGCAGUCAACGCUGCAGAGAAGGCAGCCAAGGAGGCCAAGGAUGCAGCUGACAAGGCCCUAAAGGAUGUGAAGAAAGAGGACCUGACAAAGAGAGCUAAGAAUCUGAAAGACAGCGGGAAUGACCUACUGAGGGAAGCAGGGGAUGCAGAACAAGAUCUCAAAGAGGCCUCUGAUCACCUCACAGCCCAGAAGAAACACCUGAAGGACGCAGAGAAGAAGAAGAAAGCAUUGGAGAAGGACCUCAUGGACGCUCAGGCAGAGCUGAACAACAUCAUGAGAGAUGACAUAGGAGACAUGUUGGACGGGGCGAAGAGCAAGGCAGCAUCAGCCAAUGAUACGGCUAGCACCACCAUGGACAGACUGAAUGCCAUCAGAGAGGAAGUGGAUAAGAUCAACGUCAUGCCCUCCGACUCCAACCUCAGCAGCGUCAUGGAUGAUGUGAACAAGUCAGUGAAGAAUCUGUUGAACACAAUCCCGUCUCUGCAGGAUAAGAUCUCAGAGGUGGAAGAGCUCAGCUCUCAGCUGUCCCCCGUCACCAACAUCUCAGAGAACAUCAAGAGGAUCAAGGAGCUGAUCGAGCAGUCUAGAGACGCAGCCAACAGGAUUGUGGUCCCUAUGAAGUUCAGUGGUGAGGGCCAUGUGGAGAUGCGUCCCCCCAGGGACAUGGAGGACCUGAAGGCAUACACUACCCUGUCCCUGUCCUUGCAGAGACCAGUGAAUCCUGACAUCGGCAGAGGGGAUGGAACACGCAGACGCAGACAGGACAGCACCACCACAGACAAGGGAGACAUGUUCGUACUGUACCUCGGCAACAAAGACUCAUCUAAAGACUACAUUGGCAUGGCCCUGAGGAAGAACGUGCUGUUCUGUGUGUACAAGCUGAGCGGAGAAGAGUAUGAGAUCAAGACAGACUACAUCACUAGGUCUCCCUCUGAGCCUGCAUUCUUUGACAAGGUGGACCUGCACAGAAUUUAUCAAGAUGCACAGGUGAUCCUCACCAAACUGUUCACAUCUAAUGACCCAGACCCUCCUCAGACCAGCAGUAAGCAGGGAGAGCUGACCAGGAACCUUCUAAACCUGAACCAUAGUGACGUGGUCUUCUAUGUCGGGGGCUAUCCCUCCAACUUCACUCCUCCAGCCUCCCUCAACUACCCAAACUAUAAAGGAUGCAUCGAGCUGUCCACCUUCAACGACAGAUUCAUCAGUCUGUACAACUUUAAGAAGGCUGUCAAGAUCAACCUGGAGACUCCAUGCAAGAGGUAUAUGCAGCCAGUGGUGUUUGACUACUUCGAGGGGACUGGCUAUGCCAAGGUGUCCACCCAAGGUGUCAUGGCGUCCACCCUCCUCCUGACCCAGACCAUCUCCACUCGCUCAGAGAAUGGGCUUCUCCUCUACAUUGGAAAUGAGUACAACUACUACUGUGUGACGUUUGAGAGAGGCUACGUUGUCAUCCACAGUAACCUGCUCAGAGAACCAGCACGAAGCACCACCAAAGUCUUCCCGGUGGAUGCAGAUUCGGCAGAAGUGUUGAUCAUCAUGGAGUCUAAAGGAAGCCAAGAGAUGAAGAUCCGUGUAGCAGGAAAUGAGGUGGUCAAGACUAAUGUCCAGUACACCCCUGGAGACUACACAGACUACUACAUCGGUGGCCUACCACAAGCCCUGAGAGAAAGACACCACAUCACCGCCCAGCCACUGAAGGGCUGCAUGAAGAACGUCAAGCUCAACAGCAAGUACCCCACCUUCCAGGAAAAAGUGGGCAUCCGCCGGGGCUGUCCCAAGGACUCCCUGGCAUCUCGUAAAGCAGAGUUCAACGUGGGCAGUUCUCUGUCAGCUACUCUUGAAGGCUUCAGCCUGGCCAAUGAUACCACAGUCUCACUGGGAUUCAAGAGCUCUGAGAAAGAGGGUCUUCUACUGCAGAACACCGAGUCGAGCAUUGGUGCCAUCGAACUUGCCUUGGUUGACGGCUACGUGGUUCUGACAUUCAAAGACGAAGUUUGGAAAUCUUUGAAAUCAAGCAAGCAGUACCAGGAUGGCAAAUGGCAUUACCUGACUGCCACCAGGAGAGUGUCUCCUCAAAGUAUCGAGCUCCGGAUAGAUGAGGAUGAUUUGGGAGGGCAGAUAACCUCAGGUUCCUUCAGUUCAAACCCAGACUCUGUGUUCCUGGGGAAAGACACCUUCAAAGGCUGCAUCUCCAACCUCUACCUGAGAAGGCCUGCCUCUCUGUACAGAGCAGAGGACCUGAGUCAGUUCAGCUCUACAGGAGAUGUGCUGCUGGAUAUGUGUAGUGCUGACAGACCUCCACAACUGAUGCUCGACCGCAACACCUCCAGGAAGAGAUGAAGAGAAGGACGACCUGCCAACUAAUGAGGAUGAAUUGAUAUUGACAUGAGAAAUAUGAGCAUCUCACACAAUGUUUGCACAAGCCCAUUGCUAUUGUACUUGACUGAUAAAAAAAGUACUGCAUGGACAUCCACAUCAUCAUGACUACUAUUAUUAAAUACAAAACUAACUAUUAAAAACAAUUAUUUAAUGAGCAUUGUUUCGCUUUUGAUUUGUACACUGUUCUAUCUUAAGCAUGUUUCAUGACAAUAAACCACUUUUCUGACCAGUGAUUAACAAGCAUCUAUUAACCCACUCAUUCACUAUCAUCAUCAGUCCAUCUGGUAACAACCAGCCUGAUGUUAGGUCAUUGCCCUGCCCUCACUCCUUUUCUGCUCUCCCUAUUAACAAUGACUAGGACCAAUGAACUAAUGAAUGAUCUAUGGUCUAUACGGAAAUACUAUCAUCAUAGGAUAUAAUAUCAUAAUAUUAUUAUACUGUGGAAUGACUGAGGGUGUAUUAUUGGAACAUUGCACUAGGAAUGAACAGUAUUAGUUAUGGUCUGUGAAUACCUGGAAUGUAUACGGGAACAUUACACGGAGUAUUGGGUAAAGCAGUGCACCAUUGUUAUGCAUAAGCAGUGUUAGAGUUUGUGUGUGCAUCACUGUCAUGCAUCUCUUACUGUAUGCCAGAGGAGGCUGGUGUGGGGAGGAUGGCUCAAUAAUGUCUGGAAUUGAGUGAAUGAAAUGUUAUCAAACACAUGGAAACCAGGUGUUUGAUGUGUUUGAGACCAUUCAAUUAAUUCUGUUCCAGCCAUUACUAUGAGCCUGUCCUCUCCAUUUAAAGUGCCACCAGCCACCACUGACUGAUGUAUGCUCUCAAGCAUUUUUACCUGAGCACCUUGGCCUCUGUCUAUCCAAAUGAUUUGAUCUUCUAAGUCUCCAACAAUAAAUCAACCACUAAGCUCA